AUGAGCCACAUUCAAGACAUCUUCCACAAACACAACCCUCCGGGGACACUGAGUCUGACUUCUGUCGGGCCAUGGCGUGAGACGUUGUCAAGGACUUACAAUGAUUCCGAGAUCUGGAAUGCUGUAUCGCUCGCUUUCAUCGACUGGAAGACCGACGUCACGGACCCUGAUCGAGCGCAAUUCAUCUUUGCCCUCAUCGAUUUUGCCGAGCGGCACUAUCCUGAGGACAUGAAAUGUUCCGGUGGGAUCCCCGACGGCGUGCUCGGCGAAGCUCUUCUGAAGACCGUUAGGCUGUCUACUACCUUACAACAGUCUCGUGGCAUUGCCAUUGCUUGCACGACAGACCCUCUUUUCAGCUACUACAAGACGGAUCGUCAAGCACAGCCUUACGAUACAGCGAGUAAAGAACAUGAGCAACGUCGGUGCGAGACGUCUGAGGAACGGGGUCAGGACAUCGAGGUGAUGAAAGGCUGGGAGCACAUCUGGGGCUACAAGAGCAGCAAUUCGCACCCCGAUGAGGAGACGCUCGACGGACUGGAGCGCCAUCGCAGGGAGCUGGGCAUCAAAGCCUCUCACUGGACGAUUAAGGAUAUGCCACACGUCAGGCCGGGUGACAUGCCGAUCUGGUCUCAAAAGGCUCUCCUGACGACCGGGUACCGAGGCCCCAUUGUACUCGUGCGGCAUCCAGACUCCGGUGCGCUUGAUGAUGACAGCCAGUACGCAUCUGAGCCAGCCAGCAAUUGGCGCACUGGGGAGGCGCUCACGGAGACGCCGGCGGGAACACGGGGACACUCGGGCACACGUGUCAAUACCCGCCUGUGGAUGUGA